AUGACAUCGGUGGCAUCUAACGUUCCGACGACGGCUUCGCCUACUUCUUAUCCAAGCUGGAAGAUUCUCGAAACCUUAAGUAAGGGCAAACUUUUUAUGCCUCAACUCUUCCAUGAGGAUCCCUCACGUUCUAGCAAAUAUGCGGUUUCUCUCCAGCUACCAGGGGCCAAUGAGUUGUAUGUGGAUUACUCCAAAAACAUGAUCACAGAUGAAAUCAAGUCUGCACUUAUCUCUCUAUUAAAGGAAGCCAAGAUUGAGUCUGCCCGUGACGCCAUGUUUGCCGGUGCACCUAUAAAUUCCACUGAGGGCCGUUCCGUCCUUCAUGUGGCGUUAAGAGCACUCUCAAGAGAGUCACCCUCCUUUUUCGCCGAGGUCAGCGGAUCCAAAGUUGAUCUUGGACCAAUGAUCUCUGCAGAGCUAAAAAAAAUGAAGGCCAUUUCUGAUGCUGUUAAUGCAGGUACAUGGUUGGGACAUACUGGACGGCCAAUCACCUCCAUUGUUAAUAUCGGAAUUGGAGGAUCUGAUCUUGGGCCAAAAAUGGUAAGCGGCGCUUUGGCUCACUUGAUCAACCCAAAACUCAGUAUCUACUAUGUCUCAAAUGUUGAUGGAGCUGACAUGGAAGCAGCGUUAGCAAAGUGCGAUCCGGAAACCACGCUUUUCAUUAUUGUUUCAAAGACUUUUACCACGGCCGAAACGAUGCUAAAUGCGCAGACCGCUCGCUCCUGGUUCCUUUCAUCGUGCAACGGAAACCAAAGUGCAAUUGGACACCAUUUUGUGGCAGUAUCGACAAACGAACCAGCUGUAAAAGCAUUCGGCAUCCAAGUGGACGACUUGCACAUCUUUAAAUUUUGGGAUUGGGUUGGUGGCCGUUACUCUCUUUGGUCCGCAGUUGGCUUGUCAAUUUCAAUUGCCAUAGGCUAUCAAAAUUUUGAGCGUCUAUUGGCCGGUGCCCGAGCUAUGGACAAGCACUUUUUAGAGGCUCCAUUGGAAGAAAACAUUCCAAUCCUUAUGGCGGCUCUUGGAAUCUGGUACAACAACUUUAUGAAUCUGAAUUCGCUUGCCAUUUUGCCUUAUGAGCAAAACUUGGGCCUGUUCCCAAAAUACCUCCAGCAAGCAGACAUGGAGUCCAAUGGAAAAAGCGCUUGCAAAAUGGUGUCCACAGGAGAAGAUGUGUAUGUAAAUUGGAAGACCGGGCCUGUCGUGUGGGGUGAGCCCGGAACCAAUGGCCAGCAUGCCUUUUAUCAACUCUUGCAUCAGGGCACAAAUAUUAUCUCUUGUGAUCUGAUUGGUGGAAUCUUUGCGCCUCGUCAUCCUUCUGUUCAUUUGGAAUCCCAUGACCGCCACCGCCAGGUUUUGGUUGCUAACAUGCUGGCCCAAGCCGAGGCGAUGAUGAUGGGAAACUGCUAUGAUGCUGAGAAUAACUUUUCACCCGUGUCUUUGCCGUCUUCGCAGAAUCCUCAUAAGGCUUUCAAGGGAAACCGUCCAACCACCGUCUUCCUUUAUGACGAACUAACCCCCGAGGUGCUUGGCUGUCUGAUUGCAGCCUAUGAGCACAAGAUUUUUGUCCAGGGCCAUGUAUGGAAUAUCAAUUCUUAUGAUCAAAUGGGUGUUGAAUUAGGAAAGACCCUUGCCACCGCCAUUGAUGCCGAAUUAGUAAAAGGCACGGUCGGCCCACAUGCUGAUUCCUCCACUUGCGCUUUGAUGGCUCAUGUUUUAAAGAGAAGAGCUCAAAGUAACUGA